CCCGGGAUCUGCGCACCGGGUGGGAGCGCUGCAGCCCUGAGGUUGGCGGAGACCAGCCCAAGAGGCGGCCCUCGCGGCCAGCAGGCGGGCGACAGGGUGGAGUCGCUUCGGCUGGCAGCCGCGCGGCUCCACCUGUUGCGGUGUCGGAGCACGCCCGCUAGGAAAGGCCGAGCUGCACUCGGCAGGGCAGGGCCGAGGAGGAAACCCCGGGACAAUCCUGACAGAGCGGUACAGAGGGAGGUGAGACUGAGCGCAGCCGCGGCGCCCACACCUGCUACGAGGGGAGGUGCCUGGGAGGGCGCCCCGCGGUCUGCUGGCGAGCCUUGCUGUGGAUCUGCAUGGAGUAGCGCGAGCACCUGCGCGAAGCCCCUGCCUCCCUCCCCCAAGAACUACGAGCUGAGACAGCCAAGACCGGGUGGGAGAAAGGGAACUCUUUGGGAUCUCCUGGCCGCUGUCCUUGAGGGGCCGCCAGCUCUCUGGAGAGCUGGCCUGGCCAAGCCAACAGGUGCGUGCAGAGAACACCCCCCGCGCAGGACCCAGAGGCCAAGGACACGCUGGCUGGGGAGAUGCUCCUAACUUCCUUAUUCCUCCCUUUCUGGUCUCUCUCCAGCCGAUCCACCUGCUGGAUGCCACGCUGCGUGGGGGUCGGGCGGGAGGUUCAAGCCUGCAGAUGCCACUCUGCACAGUCCCUCAGUUCGUGCGCCUGCCCUGGACGGGUAUCCAGCUUCUAAGCCCAGGCAGUCGGGUCGGUGACUCGAGGGGCAAGAGGCUUGGCGCGACAGGGCGACUAGGACGCACCACUGCGGAUCCGACUGGGUGGGCAACUCCAAAGCCAGUAGACACCCCACCACCCGCUUCGUAGGCAUCGGCGGCUUAAGAAGUGAGGUCGGAGGGACAAAGACCCGAGGGCUCCGCUGACCUACCUACCUCUCUGGACUCCGACCUCCGAUUCCGGGGAAGUUCAAGUCCUCUCCAGUUUGCCGUGAAGACGCGCCACGCCCCCUCCCCAGUCUGGGCCCAGCGGGGACCCCGAGGUGAAACCCCUCGCCCGCGUCAUCGUGCCAAGCCUCAAAGGACUCUGCGCUCGGACUCUCGAGUCGUCAGUGUUAAGGAGAACUCCAAGGCCGGCAGGAAACGGCGGCGACAAAGCGGAUUCGAAACCAGGACGUGGGAGCUGGUGCCGCAGAAGCGGCGGAGGCGCUGUGGGAGCGCCCGGCGGUCAUGGGUGAGCCAACCGCGGGGCGUCCGGGAGCGGGCUGAGUGCCCGCCGAGCCGCGACCUCCCCGGGGUGCGGACCAGAGCCCGCCUGCGCCCAGGGCGGUCUGGCACGGGGCUGUCCCGGGGGCCCGGCCAUGGCCGGCCGGGGUUGCAGCUGUGGUCCCGGCCACUUGAAUGAGGACAACGCGCGCUUCCUGCUGCUCGCCGCGCUCAUCCUGCUCUACCUCUUGGGGGGCGCCGCCGUCUUCUCCGCGCUGGAGCUGGCGCACGAGCGUCAAGCCAAGCAGCGCUGGGAAGAGCGCCUGGCCAACUUCAGCCGCGGCCACAACCUCAGCCGCGAAGAGCUGCGCGGCUUCCUCCGCCACUACGAGGAAGCCACCAGGGCCGGCAUCCGCAUGGACAACGUCCGUCCGCGCUGGGACUUCACCGGCGCCUUCUACUUCGUGGGCACCGUUGUGUCCACCAUAGGGUUUGGGAUGACCACUCCGGCGACCGUAGGAGGAAAGAUCUUUCUGAUCUUCUACGGCCUCAUCGGCUGCGCCAGCACCAUCUUGUUCUUCAACCUCUUCCUGGAGCGGCUGAUCACGGUCAUCGCCUACAUCAUGCGGUCGUGCCACCAGCGGCAGCUGCGCAGGCGCGGGGCGCUGCCGGCGGGCAGCCUCAAGGCGGCGGGCCGGGGCGCGGACAGCCUGGCCGGCUGGAAGCCCUCGGUGUACUACGUGAUGCUCAUCCUGUGCUCGGCCUCGGUGCUCGUGUCCUGCGGGGCGUCGGCCGUGUACGCGCCCAUGGAGGGCUGGAGCUACUUCGACUCGCUCUACUUCUGCUUCGUGGCCUUCAGCACCAUCGGCUUCGGGGACCUGGUCAGCAGCCAGGGCGCCCAGUACGAGAGCCAGGGCCUCUACCGCCUGGCCAACUUCGUCUUCAUCCUCACGGGCGUGUGCUGCAUCUACUCGCUCUUCAACGUCAUCUCCAUCCUCAUCAAGCAGACGGUGAACUGGAUCCUCAGGAAGGUGGACGGCCGCUGCGUCCAGCCGUGCCACCGCAGACUGGCGCGGUCGCGCAGGAACGCGGUCACGCCGGGCAACGUCCGCCACCCGCCGGGCGACAUCUCCACCGAGACGGACGGCGUGGCGGACAGCGACACGGACGGGCGGCGGCUCUCGGGGGAGAUGAUCUCCAUGAAGGACUCCAGCAAGGUGUCGCUGGCCAUCCUGCAGAAGCAGCUGUCCGAGAUGGCCAACGGCGGCCCGCACCAGGCCGGCACGCCGUCCCAGGAGGACGAGUUCUCGGGCGGGGUGGGCGCCUUCGCCAUCAUGAACAACAGGUUGGCAGAGACCAGCGGGGACAGGUAGAGGACGGGGCGCUGCCGGGCGCGAGGCCUGGCGGGGACUGGAGCAGGAGACGCUGGCCCUCCACGGCCACCCCGGGCCCCUUCCCAUCCGGUCCCCCAGGCCCACCUUUGGAAAUCUGACCUUGGCCCCAACAAGAACCACCGUCCAGGGCUGGGGGGACUGGAAGUCCCAUGCCUGACUCCUUACCUUUACCCAUCCUGUUUAAAUCCAAUCUUUUCUAAAUGAAUCACAGAAGCAACAGAAGACACUGUAUUGUCACUUAUCUUUCUCCCAAGUUUUAACUGCCCAAGGGAAAUAGGUUGACUAUGAGCCUGAUUCUCCCUGCAACCCCCCCCCCCUCCACUGUUUCAUUUAGAAAUGAAAACCUGCAAGACUCUAGUUCUUUCCCUAGAACACUGAAAGGAGACAUUCUCUGCCUCACCUAGCCCCUUCAAGAAAAGGGAAAGGAAUGUUCCAGAACGUUCCAGGGCUAUGGUGGUUUGGUUUGGUUUUUUGUUUUGGAGGGAUUGGGGGCGGGGCAUCCUUCCAAGCAGAUUUAUCAAUGGUUCCAUGAAUAGGGAGAAUAACUAGUCUACUCUUUCUGCACGCUUCUUAGGGUUUUUUGUUUUUGUUUUUGUUUUUCUAUUUUGUUUUCCUUUUCUGUUGAAGACUAGAAUGUUUGGCUAAGGUGUCUUUGAGACCUCAGUGUGAUAAGAAAACUGAAUUUGGUUUCAGGUGUUUAAACUGCCUCAAGAUGGAGGGGGACAGGAGAGAAAGUCACUUUUGUAACUGAAGAACACACUUUAACCUUUUCUCUUUGAAUGGUCACUUAGAUCAUUUCAUUUUUACCAGGGCUUGGGGCCCACUGCAGAGAUGAUGACUGACUAUUUAUUAGAACUGAAAA